CAGCAUUUCUAUCGUCCGAUGUAUUAUUAUGUACCGACCUGUCGCUCAUUCAGAGCAGGAUGAUUCAGCAAUCGAACUCCUCGAUAUCGACGACCCACGUCAUGCGGGACCGGCCAAAGCCGCACCUACUAGGCGCAUUGCAUCUACAAACUACCUCGUCGUCUUCUUCCUCAUCAAUUCCCUGGCCUUUGGCCUCACGGCCGUGCCGCGCAUCAACCUGUUCGUCUCGCUGGUCUGCAAGCACGUGCUGACGCGCGAUGCCUCUGCAGAUCCUUCGUCUGUCGUGCUGGGCGGCUUCAAUCAGCAGUGUCAGAUUGAUGCGGUCAGCUCGCGUGUUGCUGUCGUGAUGAGUACCGGUGAGGUGGUUGCGGGCGUGUGCUCGGCGCUGGUGACUGGGUUCUUGGGUAGGCUGAGUGAUCGGGUGGGGAGGCUGGUGGUGCUGAAGUAUAUCUAUGGGAUGAGAGUGGUGACGGAGGUCGUCAUGGUUGGUGUGGUGUUGGGUGACGGGUGGGUGGAUUGGCGAUGGAUAUAUAUGGCGUUUCUGGUUGAUGGGCUGGGUGGGACUGUGGCUGCUGCUAUGGGUAUAUCCAGUGCAUAUGUGAGCGACUGCAAUCCGCCCGAGAGACGGAAUAUGCUUAUCGGACGCAUGCACGGCUCAAUGUUCAUCGGCAUCUCCAUCGGGCCCCUUCUCUCCUCCCUCAUCAUCCUCCGCAGCGCCUCCACUUCGCCUCUGCUCGUCUUCUACAUUUGCUCCGCCAUGCGCCUGCUCGCCAUCUUCUACCUCUCCUUCAUCCCCGAGAGCAUCCAUCACGCCCCUGAGCCUCUCCUCGCCGGUAUCCGCAACACCAUCGCCCUCGACAACCCUCGCUUCAGCACACUAUCCAGCGGCCGCGACGCCCUCCUUACGCGGAUCAAACGCCUGAGUCCACGUGCCUGGCUCGACGAUCUGAUUCCCCCAUCACCUACCUUGCCCCCGUUCUUCCGCCGCAACUUCAUCCUGCUAUGUAUCAUCAACAUCAUCGUAUACGGCGCCGCUAUCGCCCCCGCUGACGUCUCGAUUCUAUACCCACAGCACGUCUACGCCUGGGCCGACCUCGAGACAAACUACUUCAUGGCCACAAUAAACUGCUUCAGAGCAUUCGUCUCCCUGCUCGGCCUCCCCUUGCUCAUCUGGCUCUUUCGGCGCUGGUAUCCGCCACACACACCACACACCCAACAACACACACCACAACAACAACAACAACAACACCCCACCCCCCCAACACCCCUAGACACAUCCCUCCUCCGCCUCGCCCUCGCCCUCGACACCCUCGGCACCCUCGCCCUCGCCCUCGCGCCCACCUCGCUCACGUAUACGCUCUCGUAUACAUUUGCCUCCUUUGGCGGGAUCGGGCUGAGCACGACCGAGGCUGCGCUCUCGGCGCAUGUAUCGUGCGUCGAGCGUGAUGCGGAGCGCUAUCACCAUCAUCAUCACUAUCAUCAUUCUCAUCAUCACCAUAGUCCGAUAGGCGACGGGGAGAAUGGAGAAGGAGGAGGAGAACAGCGUGGAGUAGAUGAGUAUGAGGAGGGCGGGGGCGGAGUGGAUGAUGCUGACCAUGAAGAAGAAGAAGAAGAAGAAGAAGAAGAAGAGCAAGAAGGCGCACGCUAUGGCGCGUUGAUGGGUGGUCUGGGCGUUGCGCAGGGCGCGAUGCGUAUCCUUGCGCCUGCGGUGGCUGGCGGGGUGUAUGCGGUGAGUGUGGGGUGGAUGCCUGGGCUGGUGUUUGUUGGGGUUGGGGUUUGUUUGGGGGUUGGGCUGGGUGGGACGUUGUGGUUGCGGGUUGGGGGGAGGUGA